UAACCGUGGUUGUGUGAACGUCGUCUACGCUGCUCCCAAUAUCACCACACACCAUGUAUCGACUCGUCAUUCUCUCCUGCAUGAUCAUGGGAUCGGUACUGGCUGGCGACGACAGUGAGGAGUCAAGGAAUAAACGUGGGUUCGCUGGCGGUUACGGGAGCGGUUAUGGCGAUGGUGGUGGAGGUGGUGGCGGCGCUUACGGUAACGGCGGCAGCUACCUUGUGGUAGGCGGCUACGGUCACGGAAAUCACGGACCCACCGCCGCCGACAUCGCCAACCAGGCUGCCUCUCAGGCUACCGCGGCUUUAGCUAGUCUUGGAACUGCAGCUCAUUCCGCAGCCGCAGGAGCCGCAGCAGGUGCCGCAGCUGCUUCUGCCGCUGCCUCACAGACAGCUCAGGCUGCCGCAGCCAACAGACACGCGCAGGCCGCACAGAUCACGCAGGCAGCACAAGGAGCACAGGCAGCAGCCUUCCAGGAGGCUUCACUGGCUGGUAAGGCCCACAAGGCAGAACAGGCAGCUAAGGUAGCCCACUCCAUGGCUCAAGCUCUGCUCAGUAACAUGGGCCAGGUCUCUGGUGAGACCAACGCCCUGGCCGGUCAAGCCACCAGCAGUCUGGCUGCCCAGGAGGGCGUCCUUAACUCGCAGAACUCCAUGGCGUGGCAGGCGCAACAGGCUGCCAACUCUCUGCGAACACAACAGAAUGUGGUCAUCAGCGACCUGCAAUCCGCUGCAGGUGCCGCCACACAGGCACAAGUCGCAGCGGCCAAAGCUCUCUCUAAGGCGAAAGGGGCUAACAACGGAGGGUUUGGGGGUUAUGGAGCAACACAUGGAUUUGGAUAUGGUGGAGGAUAUCACUGAAGAUAGAGAAAACACCUGCUGUGUUUCGUCCAUGAAGCGGCGAAGAGUAGAGCAGCAGCGAUCACCGUCCUUGCCGAGAGUGAGGACAACCACCAAGAUGAUGGGCGAUAGUGUGUUUAUGUAGGCUUCUGAAGGUCACGUCGCUAGCAGCUAGCUGUUCAUCAACGUCCCCAGAGUCUUGAUACACAUACACACACACACACACACACACACACACACACACACACACACACACACACACCUCAACACGUCAUGGCGGAGUCAGAGAGUACCACGACAACGUGUGUAUGACGGAUGUUUGCCUGAUCUGAAAAUACUGACUUUCAAUGUUGAGCAGCUGAUAUUAAAAUAGCCUAUGUCCAUGGUAAUUUACUAUACUAAUAAAUAAAAGUAUGUUUUAA